UUUACUCCAUUUUAAAUAAAGGUAAUAUUUAAGAAACAUCAUCCAUCACAAAGAAAGUACUUUAUUUUGAAAAAUUGCAGCUUUCCUUAAUAUGCGUCAUGAAAAAGUAUAUAAACAAACAAAAAUCACAAUGAUGCCAUUUGAUAUACGUACAUCAAAGAUUAUUUAGGCAAUGUGUGUUUAUUUUCAUUAAAAAAAUUAAAUUAAAUCUACUUAGGUACAUACAUAUAUCUAUCUUUUGUUUAAGUAUUCUAUUGAUAUAUUUAUUUUAAAUUUUAGAUGCCAAACGGUAAGAAAUUGAUUAAUAAAAUAAUGAUACAUAAAUAUUAAUGAUAAUCUAAAAAUUGAAGAAACCGAAGCAAACUCAUCUGUAAUUGUAACAGAAAACGAGACGGGACCACCAACGGAGGUAACGUAUCAUCAAUAAUUAUAAAUAUUUAUAUAGUGAAAUCAACACCUAACUACCAAUAAAUGAUAUUUAAAAUUUUUAAUUUAUUCCAAAGACAAACUGGUAAUACUUAAACACGUAAAAUAUACCAAAAAGUAUAAAACUAGACUUAACCUUUACAAAUUGAGAAUCAUAAAAUUAAAAAAAAAUUUUUUUACAACUUGUAACUCCUUUAUUAUUACAACCACAGUAAUUUAUGUCAAAUAUUUUAAACUUUUUAACGUAUUUCUUCUUAUCAUUAAAAUAUCAACUGUCACCAUUUUAUACAAAUAGAAAACUUUAAUUGAUUGUAAUGUCCUUAAUUUCAUAGUAUUGGUAAUUAGUGUUGACCAUUAUUUAAUUUGUUUUUUAUAAAAUACAUACGCAUACACAGGAUGUUCCAUAAAAAAAUUACUUUUAUCAUAUAUCUUAAUAUCGCAAGACACAAUUAACAAUAAUACCAAUUUCACUUCAACCACAUUGUUUAUAUAAAUAUAAAAUAUGUGACAAUAUUCAGAAAAUGCCACAUUGCCAAUUAAUUCUAUAAAACAAUACAAAUUUAAAGUUAUACAUAUUCUAAGAUCUUCAUACCCAAUAUUAGUAUUUCACUGAGUUUAAAAACUUAUUAUAAAACUUCAACUCUCAACAUGAGAAAUUAGAAACAAAAAAUUUUCGAUGCUUUCAUUUUUUCAAUUUUAAUUCUUUGUCAUGCAACUUUUAUUUUACACAUAAACACAAUGUUAUAUAUUUAUAAUAAUAUACUAUUUCCAUUUAAUUUUUAGGUUGAAGAAGAACAAGUUAACGAAAGUCAACACGAAUCUGAACGAACGGAAACCGAUGCGGUGGAGUCGCGAGGUCAGAUGCAAAACGAAACCGCAGCAAACACGGCAACUGUCGCCGACGACGGCGACAACAACACCAGGCAAACAACGGAGAUUGAAGAAGAACAAGUUAACGAACCUCAAACUCACGACCAAUCCCAAGAAACGGAAUCCGAUGAUGUGGAGUCGCGGGGUCAGAAACGAAAACAAAGAGCAUGGGAAGAGAGGAAAUUUUAAUGGAAGAAGAGGCAGAGGAAGAGGAGGAAAAAAUAAUUUUAGAGGUGGCCGUGGCGUUCAAAACUAUUAUGAUAAUAGAACUUAUAACUUUUAUUAGUUAACUAUUUAAGUUAAUUACCUUCAAUAAUACCUAUUUAUAGAAUAUAUAACUAAAUAUUUA